GUUUCCGGUCGUGGCGGUGGCGGGACUGUUUUGAAGCUGGCUCCCGGGCGAAAGCAUGUCGCAGGAGCGCGCCGUCGCGACGAGCGCAGUUCCCCUGGAGGAAUUGAGUAGCUGGCCGGAGGACCUGUGCCGCCGGGAACUGCCGACUGUCCUGCCUCGGCUCGUCUCCAUGUAUCAACAUUCCGACAGUUGGACUGAGCAUAUUCAAAUUCUGAAAAUCACUGUAGAACUGUUUUUACCUCAUAUGAACCACCUGACAUUGGAACAGACUUUCUUUUCACAAGUGCUGCCAAAGACUGUGAAAUUAUUUGAUGAUAUGAUGUGUGAGUUAACCAGUCAAGCCAAAGAACUGUCAAGCCAAAAUUUAGAAAUCCAGAGCACUCUAAGGAACAUUUUACAAACAAUGGUGCAGGUCUUAGGAGCUCUUACAGGGUGUGUUCAGCACGUCUGUGCCACACAGGAGCCCGUUGUUCUAGAAAACAUUCAGAGCCUCCCUUCCUCGGUCCUGCACGUGAUCAGAAGCACCUUUGUGCACUGCAAGAACAGUGAGUCUGUCUAUUCUGGGCGUGUGCACCUCAUCUCAGACCUUCUCCAGGCUCUUUUCAAGGAGGCCUAUUCUCUUCAAAAGCAGCUCAUGGAACUGCUGGACGCGGUCGACGCGGCCCCUGCAGGCGGUGGGGACGGCGGCGCUGGGAACAUGGUGGUGGUUAUUCACUCAUUGUUGGAUAUCUGCUCUGUUAUUUCCAGUAUGGACCACGCAUUUCACGCCAAUACUUGGAAAUUUAUAAUUAAGCAGAGCCUUAAGCACCAGUCGGUUGUAAAGAGCCAGCUGAAGCACAGAGACAUCAUCGCCAGCCUGUGUGAGGACACACUCUGCUCCUUCCAGGCCUGCCUGCAGCUCGCGGAGCAGGUGGCCCCGGCAGGGGCUCAGGAUAAUGCUGAUUACAGAUUAUUUCAAAAAACACUCAAAUUGUGUCGUUUCUUUGCCAAUUCUCUUCUGCACUAUACUAAGGAAUUUCUUCCUUUCCUCUCGGAUUCUUGCUGUGUGUUGCACCAGCUUUAUCUGCAGAUACACAGCCAGUGCCCGCCCAGCCUGUAUGCGGCCGGCCUCUCCAGAGCCCUGCAGGAGGAGAUAGCGGCUUCCUUCCUGGUGGCCCUGGACGCCCUGGUCACUCAACUUCUCGCCUUCCGGCCUUUUGCGCAUGUGGUUUUGGACAGCCAGCUAGAGCUGCCCUGCGAGCUGCAGUUCCCGCAGUGCCUGCUGCUGGUGGCCGUCAUGGACAGGCUGCCCGCUCAGCCCGGGCACGUGCAGGCGCUGUGGUGCACGGCGAGCCGGCGCUCGGGAGCGGCGUCCAGGGCGUCUCUGCUCGGGGCUGUGUUCUGCAGUUUGGCGCAGUGCUCCGGGGAGCUCUCUCUGCCCGUCCGUGUCCCGGGGGCGGAGGGUGAAGGGCAGGCCGAGGUUGCUGUCACCUUGUACCAGCACGUUUGUGUACAUCUGUGCGCGUUCAUUGCUUCCUGUCACCCCUCCCUCUUUCCUGAGCUGGACGCCGCCCUGCUGGACGCGGUGCUGAGUGCCAGCAUGGUCGCCUCUUUGUUGGCUAUGGACGCGUGGUGCUUCCUUGCUCGGUACGGGACUGCCGAGCUCUGCGCGCACCACGUCGCUGUGGCGGCUCGCCUGAUAAAAUCUUGCCCUGGAGAAUGUCACCAGCUCACCCACCUGUCAGUGCUCCUGAGGCGCCUCUUCUUCUUCAUGACGCCCGCCCACCAGGUGCAGUUUAUCCAGGAAUUCUCCCCCAAAGAAGCAGAAAACCUGCCUCUGUGGCAGCACAUCUCGUUCCAGGCCUUCCCGGUGGAGCUGAGGGAGCAGGCUGCCAGGGAGGUCGCCGGUGCCGGCGCUGCGCAGGGCAGGGGCUGGCUGGCCGGCAGCCGCACGGCCGCGGAGCUCGCGUCGCUGGACGCGGCGCUCUCCGCGGUGCUCGCUGUCUGCAGCUCGGCCGGCGACGCCCUGGAGGACGGACAGCGGACUGAGCUCGCAGCCGCGGGGAGCCAGCUUUGGGCGAGUCUGCACGCUGGCCUGGUAUCAGAUCAACCUUCUGUUCAACAGACACUCAGCCUUUUAUUUCCACUGCUGGGAUUUUUCAUCCAAAGUCUAGAUCCUCAGCUGAUAAGUCAGGUGGUAGCUGUGCAGGCCGCGCUCCUUCGGGCAGGGCCGCCUGACCACGUCCGCCUGGCAGUCCUUGAUUUCGCGUCAUCCUUAGGAAACCUUUUUGUGUCUCCAGCUCUCCAGGACAGCAUGCUGCCCGCCCUGUCGUCCGUCUUUGCCCUGCUGCUGGCCGACAGGAGCUGGCUGCUGGAGCAGCACGCCUUGGAGGCGUUCACACGCUUCGCCGAGGGAACAAACCAUGAACAGAUAGUCCCACAGUGCCUCACUUCCGAAGAAAUGAAGAACAAAGUUGUAUCUUUUCUGGAGAAGACGGGGCUUAUCAGCGAGACGGCAGCGGCCAGGGUGGAGCGUGUGAAACAGGAAAAGGGGGUUUUCUGGAGGUCCUCGGUGCAGGUCACGCUGGAAGCAGCGGAGCGGUCAUCUCUGCAGCCCUGUGCGAAGAGAGCCCGCUGCGAGCCCCACUUGGAGGACGAGUACCGGUCUGCACUGCAGGCUGUGGCGGGGGCCCUGCAGGCCCUUGGGUCCCUGCUCUGCAGGGCCUCGGCCCCGGACUGGCUUCCCCGGGAAAUGCAGCUGCUCCAGGAGAAGAUGGGUGAGCUGAGGCGUCACGGGCUCUCGGGGGACACGUGAAUGGUCCGGACCCACGGUAUCGCCAGACACAGCUGUUGGGGAGGUGUCGGUCUGCAGUGCGUAUUGUAGGUGACCAUACCAAUGUCAUUGUGCCUGUAUACUUGCUAACACAUAAAACCACUUUUGUAAAGUUGACUAGUGAAAAUAGUUUUUAUUGGACAU